CUAGUCCUCAUGCUGUGUCCAGUUUUUACGAUGGGCGGUUCACCGGUAUCGGUGAAUCACAAACUCUACCUCGAGGGUUUGAUUAUUCUCCGCCGACGAAUAUGGCGCAUAGUCAUGCAGGUUCCCAGGAAUAUUUCCAUGGGCCGCCCCUGAUCGACAUCAGGGCUUGGGAAACCUUGUCCCAUCAUUCUUCAGAAACCUUUCCAGUGCAACUCGCCGUCAGCGCCCGAUAAUUGGCAGUACAACUAUUCGCCCUUCCCGGGCCAUGAAUACCCCACAUCCGACAACUACAUGUAUGAAUCUACUCAAAGCGAGUGGACGACAACGCCAGUGCCCCCAGAAUCACACGUGCCUCUUUCUGUUGACAGUCGAGAACUGCAUUAUGAAGUUAACUUGAAGGCGACCGACUCGGACGAACUCUUUUGUUGCCCGCUGCCAUCAAGUGAUGGGACGUACUGCAAUGCACUGAUCCCGUGCAUUGAAGCCUUUAUCACGACGCACUUGCGCAGCGUCCACGCGCUACGUUCGAAGCGUAUUGAAGUCAUUAGUUGUCUGUGGCCUGGGUGCAAGUGUUGCAUGCAAGCAGCGAGCAUUCCUCGUCACAUAAUCACGUCUCACGUCAAGACACGUUUCCAAUGCUCGUACUGUGGCAAAAGCCUCACGCGAAAAGACGGAAAGUUGAAGCACGAGAAAAUUUGUCAUGGAAAACCGUGACGCACUUCCACUUUCUUCAGGCCAUUGAUCAACCAACUUCGUGUAGUGCUUCA